AGAAAACAAAAAAAAAAUGACCAAACAUGUUCUAAAAAAUCUAAAAUUUCUGCAGAGACUUUUGAGCAGCAACCAUCUACUAAUUUAUCACAAGUUGUCAUGCCUAAUAUUGAAAAUCAUACGAUAAUUGAAACUGACCAGCUUGCGAAAGACAACUCUCAAGAAUUUAUAGAAAAAUUUAAUAUUGCAUGCCAGCAU